AUGUCAGACCCUUACAACUCCGCACCCCCAAACUACGGCGGGCAAUCUCAGCAGCCUCAAUACAACCAACAAGGCAGCUACAAUCAACAACCACAGCACGGCCAGCAGCCUCAACAACAGCAAGGCUACGGCGCACCAGAAGGCUACGGCCCACCGCGCCGUCAGGACUCCUACGGCCCCCCUCAACACGGCGGCUUCCAGCACGGCACGCAAGGCAACCAAUUCGGCACCUACGACGCCUCAAACCCCCAAGGCCACUCCCAAUACUACGGCCAGCACCAAGGCUACGGCUACCCUUCCCCCCACCAGCAGGGGUACGGCCAACAACCCUCCUACCCCAACGACCCGAAUGCGCAGAAUACGCAGCAGCCUGGAGGUGCGCAGUAUCCUGUCGACCCGAACGCACCACCACAUGAUCCCAACAACCCUGAAGGAGAUAGGGGCUUGCUUGGUGCGAUAGGAGGAGGGCUGGCAGGACAUUAUGGCGGGAAGAAAUAUGGAAAUCAUGGGUUCCUUGGGACGAUCGCUGGGGCGGUCGCAGGGAGCAAAUUGGAGGACAAGUUCAAGGGACAUCAUAGUGGUGGGGGAAGUCAUCAUGGGAGCAGUCACGGGAGCAGUCAUGGGGGAAGCAGCUGGGGUGGGAAGUGGUAG